UUUUGUUUACGUUUGUUUAUCUUUUAAUCAGUGUUUCAAGAAGACUGUGAAUAUACAUAUUCAAAAUACCUUAUAUUUCUUCUGCAUCUAAUAAAGAACCCUCUCCUUGGAUCUUCAAAAAUGAGUGACACCGAAUCAAAGGCAGCGAAGGGGUCAGAAGAAAAAGACUCUUCCCAGAAUCCUGAACUGGAUGUAAGCAGCGAGAUGUUCAAUCCUCUUCAAGCUUUAUACGAACCGAAUUAUAAGAUUACGGACGCGGUUCCAAAAGUUCUCUACCAAAAUUUGGCCGCCUUCGAGAGUGCCCUGAAAAAGUUUGGGAUCUGGAAGUUAAACAAGCGGCAAAAGCCGGAAACUGCAGCAGGAGCAGCAAAAAUGGCCUCCACUUCCCGGUCUGCACAUAUCCCAGAGGCUCCUCAGCGCCGUUUUGAGCUCCAUCAGAUGCCCACUACGAAGGCCUCGAGCAAGAAGCACUAUCGCAACAUUUUCACAUACAUGGAGGCGACUGUCGGACCGCUUGAACUCCUUAAGAAGUGCAUACCGUCGGUCGGCCACAAGGAAACUAAGGAAAGCACUGAAAGGAUACGAGUCCGGGUGGUUCUCCGCAAGCAAGGAGCGAUAGGCGGCACCGUGGAGGGUGAACUGGUGGCCUUCGACAAGCAGUGGAAUCUUCUCCUAAAAAAAGCCACCGAAACCUGGAAGCGACGAAAGUACAAUUACGGAGAGCAGAACAUAUGCGACACACCUGUGGAUUGCACCGAUCGACUCAGAGAGCUGGGAAUCACUUAUCCCAAGACUCAAGUCAAAAGUUUGAACCGAAAGAACGUAGAGAUAAAGCGUGAUCUGCCACAGAUCUUGAUACGCGGCGAAAAUGUGGUUUUAGUUAGUUUAAUAGCUAAGGAAAUGUAGUAUAUAGCUUGCUUUAAAUCUCAUCAUUCAUUAGACUUCAAAAGGGAGCAAAUAAUAGCUAAGAAAUUAACUUAUAACCUUAAUAUAAAUAAAUUUGUUUACAAAUGGUUAGUUGUAUAAUUUGUAUUAUAACCAAA